CGCUACCCACCUCCUCCCUUCCUCUCUCUUGCACGCGGCCAUGUCCGAAUCUGAGUUGCAGCUGGUGGCGCGGCGCAUCCGCAGCUUCCCCGACUUCCCCAUCGCGGGCGUGCUGUUCAGGGAUAUCUCGCCCCUCUUGAAAGACCCGGACGCCUUCCGAGCUUCCAUCCGCCUCCUGGCCAGUCACCUGAAGUCCACGCACAGCGGCAAGAUCGACUACAUCGCAGGUCUAGACUCCAGGGGCUUCCUGUUUGGCCCUUCCCUAGCUCAGGAGCUAGGCGUGGGCUGCGUGCUUAUCCGGAAGCGCGGGAAGCUGCCGGGCCCCACUGUGUCAGCAUCCUAUGCUCUGGAGUAUGGGAAGGCUGAGCUGGAAAUCCAGAGAGAUGCCGUAGAACCUGGGCAGAGAGUGGUCAUUGUGGAUGAUCUCCUGGCCACUGGGGGAACCAUGUGUGCGGCCUGUGAGCUGCUGAACCAGCUCCGGGCUGAGGUGGUGGAGUGUGUGAGCCUGGUGGAGCUGACCUCCCUGAGAGGCAGGGAGAAGCUAGGACCUAUUCCGUUCUUCUCUCUCCUGCAGUAUGAGUGAGAAGCUGGUGAGGGGGCCACACCCUUUGGCAACUAACUGCACGGUAGCUCAGCCCCGGGCACCUAAGUGACCUUUGUGAGCUACCAGCCGCCCUUUUGUGAAUGUAUCACGCCUUGUGCUGGUCAGCUGACCGCCAUGCCCAGGGAUCGCCUGGAUCCAUGCAUUUUGUAUACAAGCCACACCCUGGAGUAGAGCUGAGCUGUGCUACUGGAGAUCAAUAAACCGCUUUGAUAUA